AUGAAAGGGCGAAAGAGAAAAAAGAGAAGAUAUGUGGCUUCUGACUCAAAAAGGGGGAAAGUAACGGAACACACACACUCACCCUUCUUUUCUUUUCUUUUCUUUUCUUUUCUUUUUUUUUUUUUUGUGUGUGUCUUUGCGGUAAUUCACAUCUUUCAAUUGAUGUUGGGUUUCUUUAUCCUUCUCUCUCUCUCUCUCUCUCUCUUUUUUUUUUUUUUUCUUUUUUCCCUCCCUCCUUAUCAAAUUCUACCGUCCCUCUUGUUAUCAUCGUCAUCGUCAUUGACGUUCCGUAUGAACCACAACCACAACAAAAAGGGAGGCGGUUGCUGCUUCUAUAAAAUGAUGCGGUGGGUUCCGCUAGAGUUGGACCGCUCGUCGGAGAUUGGCUUCCAGGUUGAUACUGUUAUCGACACCUAUAAUUCUCUUCAGCGACAAUUAAUAAGGCGGGAGACUUCUGAUUCUUUGCAAAUCAAAAAGGCACUUGAGGUACUUCGACAUUCUUUUGCGAAUCGGCUUGAAGAAAUGACAAUUUUCUAUCAAGAAAAUGACCUUGAUCCACGUAGCGGUGAAGUGGAGGCAGCACGUCUCAAAUUGAAACGCUUUUUACAUUCUGUAGAAUCUUCCUAUGCAGAAAGAGACUUGAAAACAGAAGCGUUUAUGUUACCAUUAUCACCCGAACAUAAAAUGACGAAGCCCACUGAUAAAAAUCAUGGUAAGGAGAUCAUAGAAGCAAGAAAAGGGGAGGAAGAAGCGGGUUCUGACAUGGUAACGCUCCGUGUUGUCCUUACAGAGGAGGAGUAUCAAGAGAUUCUUGCUCGGCGUGAGGCUGUUCGCCAAUUAAAGUUGAAUGCCAUGCUAUACAAGCAAUGA